AUGAGUGACGAAAGAUCUCGAGUGACGAGGAGUCAAGGUCCAACUCAGAAUGAAUGGGAGGAGCUACGACCAAUCAUUGAGAGACACUACAAACACGAGAACAAGACUGAGAACCAGGUUCGAAGGAUAUUACUUGAAGAACAUGGAGUUCCAAUCACGACUAAGAUGUUCAAACAGCAUGUACGGAAAUGGCGGCUAGACAAGAAAUUCAAACGGAGGGAGAUGAUAUUCUCGCUUCGCAAAAUUCAGCAACGUAAAACGGCAGGAAAGGCGACUAGGAUAACUAUUAGGGGAGAAUUACUUACAGAGAUGAGACUGAAUUACUACUUCAAGCGGAGGCCCAUGACUACAGCCGAGCAACUCGAGACAGAGGCUAAUGCUUCAACACCAUCAGACCUGGAUUACGCAACUCCGAGAGACGAUACUUCGACAGACGACGCAGCAACAGUCAUUAAUUCACCUGCAGCUUCUCCGUUCACGCCACAGUCGCCUGUGUCCCUGGGCAUUAGCUCUAUCAUAAAGUCGCCGAGUGACCAAGACCUGGGAGCGACCAUUACGGAUGUCGUACCUUAUCGAGCUCCCAGCAGAAAUUCUCCUUCUGACCAUUCAAAUCCACAAAGGUGGUCUUUGCACUAUACUCUCAGCCCACAGGAGACCUUCUUACGACAACUUUACGAACAUGUUCGAUUGACGACGGGUGGAGAGAUUGUCAAGUCGCACAGAAGAACUAAGUUCGACACAAGCAGUAUUCUCCGAGCCUCUGGUUGGUUUGAUCCAUUCCUCAACAACGCUGUGGAAGCCGAGAGGAUGGGUGAAAGAGAUGUUGCGAACGCUAUAAUGAAACGGUGCGCGGAUGUUGUUGCAGCUGAAGUCGAGGGUUAUUUUCCCGACAUGUGUGUGCUGGAAAUGGUGGAGAUUGUACACUACCUACAACUACGCCGAUGUCAACAGCUCCAGCUUCAUUUCAUGUAUGCAUUAUACGACAGUGUCACGAACCGGCUAGGACAAUUUCAUCCAUUAGUCGAAUUGCUCUGCAGCGCGACCAAAGGAUAUACUUGCAGUAUAUCGUCAACUUUGAUACCUACUAUACUGGAUUUUCUGGAUGCACAUACCAAGUCCGAUGUUUCAUUGAAUACACUCUUGCCACUAUUUGCUUUCCAGGAAUUGAGGUCGAUUGAUACCAUGCCGCGCGAUCUGCUGAUGCACGCUCAGCAAAGCAGCCACCGGCGAUGCGAACACUGCACAGAAGCAAUGGAUCGAAGCCCGUUCGUCUCACAAGCAUUUCGAUCCUGGGCACAUCGACAAUUUAUCAGCCUCCUCAAUGACGUCUGGGUCGAGCCGGACGCACAACAGUCUGCGUUCCACGCCAUAAGAAGAUCUCGCGUCUGGCGAUACAUCUGGAAAUUCCCAGACAUGGCAACACGUCGCCAGGAACUCCAAAAGAUGACGUUCAAGCAGCGAUUCUGGGCUGUAGCAAAGAUAUGUUUCGAGCUCGUCACACGGAGUAUCGAGAGGAUCUUCCUCAACUGUCACGACGAGCUGUCCGCGUACGAUUAUGUGUCGAGUCUUGUUCGUCAAAGCAGGAUAGGACUGGAAGAGGAUGAGAUAAUGCCGCUGUGGACGGAUAAAGGUGAGAGCUCCUUGUUCGAUAUGGAAUUGCAUACACCUGAGCAAUGUGAGCACGCGACUUGUGGACGGGUCAAGCGAUCGUUGCAGUACUGGGUAGGUGAGCAAUUGUGCUGCGUCUGA